CUUAUCUUCUGAUUCCAAAAGUAAAAGACAAGAAAUCUCACAGUUUAAUCUUGGCCGCUGAUAUCAUUUCACCACGAUCUCAACCGUUGCAAUGUAUUUUCCUUUCCUAUAUAAUCUCACACUUCUCAUUCAAUUUGAUCACAUCUCUUCAACAUAUUUCCUAAAUAGCUAUAUUUUCUUCAAAAAUGUCUUCCAUUCGCGGUUCUUCUUACUCAGUAGAGGAAGAUGUGCACUUGUGUCAUGUCUAUGUUGACAUUUCUCAAGAUCCAAUCGUAGGAAGAAACCAAUCAGGUAAUAAUUUUUGGGCAAGAGUUCAAUCAGAGUACCACAAAGAUGGAAAAUUUAGUAAUAAACCUCGCCCAGUAAGAUCUUUGCAAACUCGAAUGUCUACUAUUAAUAGUGCAGUUGCAAAAUUAAGGGGAUGUAUCAACCAAAUUGAAAAUAAAAAUCCAAGUGGUGCUUCAGCAGAAGACAUUUUAAUUCAAGCGAAGAUGUUAUUAGCCCAAGAUAAAAAGUACGAUAAAGGCUUUAAAUUUGAUCAUGUGUGGCACAUCCUCAAAGGUAUUCAAAAGUUUUCAAAUGAUGAAAACAUCAAUGCACCACGUAGAUUCCAACACGAAGGUCCUAGUUUCACUUCAUCGAAAUCAUCAUCUCACAAUUUUGAGUCUCCAACAUCGGCAUCCACUGGUAUGAGUUCAUUUGAUCUAAACAUGAAUAAUGAGGAAAUGAAUACUUAUCCAACAGAAAGACCAUGUGGUGUAAAAAAAGCAAAGGAAAAACAAUUAGGUAAUGAUCAAUUCAACAGACUAAUGGAACAAAAUAAAGAACUCAUUAAAGUUAUUGAAAUGAGUAACAAGGAUAGAAAUGAACAUCAUAGAAGAAAGGCUGACGAAAAAAUUUUAUUCACGGAUUUGAAUUCUAUAUCCGAUCCAGAGUUUCAUAAGUACAUUCAAAGUGAAAAAAGACGAAUUUACAAAGAAAGGGCACAAACAUCCGAAGUUGGAGAACAAGGAGAAGGAUCUCAAUAUGAGGGAUCUCAAUAUCAGGGAUAUCCAAAUCAGGGAUCUCAAUAUCAGGGAUCACAAUAUGAGGGGUCACAAUAUCGAGCAUCUCAAGAUUCGGGACAUGGCGUUGAAGAUGAAGAUCAACGAUCUCAAGAUCAAGGUGAAAGAGCUGAAAAUGACUCACAAGUUUAUAGUCCGUAUUAUGACUAUCUUGGCGGAUCAAGAAAUAAUCUUCCACAUUAUUAAAUUGUUGUAUCUCAUUUUGUCUUUGAAGGAUCGUAUCUGUGUUAUUACUUUUCCAUUUAAUGUUUGGUGUGUUGUAUUUUAAUUUUUAAAUGUAUGUUUAAGUUUGUAAUGUUUUUAUUAUGUAUUAUUGAGUGUGCUUUAAUUUUAUAAUGUUCUGUUGUGUAAUAUAAAAUAUGUGUACUAUUGAUUAAUAAGAAUAUGAUGUUUUAGUGUGUUUAAUUUUAAUUUUAAUAUGUGUUCAAUUUUAAAAAUUAUUUUUAUUGUUUAAUAUAAAAAAAUAUAAUAAAUUUUUACUUAAAUUAUAAUUAAAAGAAAAAAAUAAUUUAUGAUAUUCACAUUUAAAUUUACACAAAAAUAAAUAUUAUAAGGUGCUUUUACAAUGUAUUCUUCUAAAUAAAAGAGUCACGCAACAGAAAGUUUGAAUUUUAUUUUCGGCAUGUUAAAUUUUUUUAAAUUUUUUUAAAUUUUGCAAGAUGUUUUAAAUAACUAUAAUGUACACGACCAUAAAAAAAAAAGACUAAACAAGUCUCCCAAAUGCCGAAACAGGUAGGAGUAAAUCAGUGCACCACUUUUAAAGAAGUGCUCUAUUUUCGGCUUAUUAAAUUUUUCUAAAUUUUUUUAAAUUUUACAGGAUGUCUUAAAUAAUUAUAAUAUACACUACUAUAUAAAAAAAAUAGACUAAAAAAGUUUCUCGGGUGCCGAAAUAAAUAGGAGUAGAUUCGUACAUCACUUUUAAAAAUGUGUAUUAAAAAAUUUCCCAAAAAAUAAUUCUUAAUUUUACAAAUAUAAUAAUAUAAAUAUAUAUAAAUAUUAAUUAAAUUAUUAAAAAAACUAAAAAAAAAAA